AUGGAGCGGAUACGCGAGCAGCGUGCGAUGAAGCUACUGGACGCGUUGCAAGAUGAUCUGCACGCUCAAAUGAGACUAGAGAAGGACGAACUGGGACGGAACGAAGAGAACAAAAGAGAAAGUGUUCGACGGAAGGCUCGGAUCGCUCGACUCUCUGACCCACAGGAGCGCGAGCGCAUCUGGAGCCGCGAGCAAUUGCCUUCGUACGAGGGCGUGGCGAUCCGAAGCUUACCGAAGACGCGGGAUUUCUGGCGAGAAGCUGACGUGUUUGGGUGGCGCAAGGACGAGUUAGACGCAGCAUGCGCGCUCUUAGAUCUACCCACUGACGGCAAGAAAUUGGAGUUGGUCACUCGAAUCCAAGACUGGGUGUAUGAGCCUGAAAUUGUUGCUCGUCUCGAAGAACAGCGUUUGCUUGAGCUUAAACAGGACGCAAUUCUAGAGAAAUUUAAAUUACCAAAAUCGUAG